CUUAAUCCAUUAGCUCUAAAUCCAGCAGAGCUUUCACACUAAUUUUUUGAAUCAAAGAAGAAAACCUGAGUCAGAAUGGACAAUGGAACUUCAAGAGCAGAUCCUAGGCAGUAAGAACAUGAGACUGAGAUAAACAACAAUGAAAACUGACAACAAAGCUGGGAUUGUGAUGGAAAACUCAUGAGAAACAAACCAGUCUGCAGUUCGGGAUGAAAGAGUGAGUUUGAUUCUUUGUUGUGUUUUCCCUAGUUCAUCUGGAUUUUUAAUCAAAAAGACAGAGAAAAGAUGGGCUGCACACCUUCUCGCAGUGAGAUUGCUAAUACUAUUGCAAGAAGUAGUCUUAAGGCUUUGAAUAAACCCAAAAGUGUUUUGCGUAUUGAUCCAGGAGAUAAAGGAAUCCCUCUGCUAGUUAAAGGUACAUCUUGCUACAAUCUGGAUGAAUUCCACCAAUAUGGGAUCCAGACAAAAGACUACACGAGAGAAAAGGAGGAUAAACUAUCAGAGCAGGAUAAAAAUUAUCAUUUGCAGUUGUCUUCCAAGGCUCACUCAGAUCCCCAGAUUUCCAGGGAAGACAAGAAAAUUGAGGGGACAGCCACAGAUGCUGAAGUUGCUAUGUCCAAACUGAUUGAGUCUCAGAAACACAUCACUGAGGCCAUACAGAUCAGAAAGCAAAGCUCCUGUGAAUCAGAAGCAUCAGCUUUCAUUUGGGAUGACAAGAAUGAAAGCAAUGCAAAGCAAAUCCCAAAGAAAGGAAAGAAGCAAAAAAGUAAUAAGCUGGCAAAGCAAGGUCGACCUAGCAAAAUUAAAGAAAAGUCUAUUUUGGCCCUGUGUGAGACGGAGGAAAAGGUAGAUUUCCCAGAACUGCUUGUUAAGGCUCAUCAGAGUGCGUACGCCUACUUAAAUCCCAACCUCUCCAAGUAUGAAACUAUACUUCACAUGGCCAACCAGGCUACCCAAACCCAGCUCUUCCUACAGCAGAUGGUAAGCUUUCUGAUGCUUCGCUUUGAUGAAAUCAACCAGCUCUUGGAAGAAGUUGCCAAUGAUGGGGAAAAUCUUCUCAAAGAUGUGGGUGGGAAUCUGGCAUGGCCAGCAGAAAAAGGCAAUUUGAAGGAGCACCCUGAUCUUCUGCAACAACUACUGCAGUACACAGUCAACAAAAUGCAGUCACUGAGUGGGACGCUGGCCUUCCUCACAUCCGACGCCCUGAAGGAAACAUGCAGCUACCUGCAGUCUGCUGCAAGCAACUUGGAAAGAAAACUGAAAGCAAAGCAAAGCUUUGAUGAGCGCCUGCUACGGACAGUAAGGCUGCUGGAAGCCUUGACGGUGGGAUCCUCUCAGUCCCGCGGUGAUGACAGGACUCUCUAUUCUGAGGACAGUGGCAUUGGUGUGGACAAUGAAUCCCUCAAAGAGUUCAGUGCUCUCAGCCAGCAUGGAGGACAAGCAUGUGAUUCCUGUGCAUAUGGACAUAUCUCUCAAAAGCACACCAGAACAGUGGGGCAUGUGCAUGAUGGGGCAGUGUCACCAGGGACAGCUGCAUUCCACGACUGUGCACUUGAAAGGAAUUUUAAUGAUAUAUCUUAUUCAUCCAUGCAGAGUAAGGAAGCAACUUCUUGUCAGGGUGGAGCACCAGGAGGUAUUUCUACCAUGCCCCAACAUGCAAGCUUGAGCAAAAGCCAUUCAUUCCAGUCUGACUCCACUCAGGAAGGUGAACAUUUCAAAAUCUGUGAAUCAACAGAUUUUCCUUCUGAUGAUGAUGACGAAGGGAGUAGUACCCUGGGGGAGGAUGAUGACAACACAAGUUUGUCAGAAAUGGGGAAGGAUACUCUGCCAAGGAGGCCCCUGUCUUCACCUGCAGUCACUGAUAACACACAAAGGCAGUCCAUCAAGAGGACUGAGAAUGCAGAGACAGAGGAAAUUAUUCUGAAGAUGAAAGAUGCCAUCAGUGAAAAAAUCAAGUUUGUCCCAGCUAAAUCUGGACGUAAAGAAUGGAUAGAGGAUGAGAGCGGAAGAGCAGUCCUAACAACAAGGCCCAGUACAGCGAUGGGCAGCCAGAAAACCUUCGGGAAACAACGACGGUCCAGAUCAGAGGAGUCCCUCAGAAGCCAGGCAGAGGACCCAACCCUCCUAGAGCUUCACAGAACUCAGAAAGAGCUAAGCAAAAGGCUGGAAAUGUUUUAUGGAAAGAAGGACACAGAUAACAAACCAGAGACUCAGAAAUCAAGAACAGCACCUUACUUGCAGGAUGAGCAAAUUACAUCUAGGUCCUCUAGCAAACUGAAGGCGUGCCUCUCAAAAAAUUUCAGCAUCCUGCCUAACCAGGAUAAAGUCCCUUUGUUUAUGGUUGAUCAAAAUCCUGCCCAUCAGCUGGAUGAAAAAAGAGGCUGGAAACCUUUAAGAGCUACUAUGCCCCCCCAGGAGACAUCAGAAGGCAAAGAAAAGGAGCCUCCUGGAGCACAAAUGCUCAGUAGCAAUAGCUGUGCCCCCCGGCAGUCUGUCAAAAAGCUUAUUGAAACAUUCAGUCCUACUGACGAUCUUGUAAAAGCUGCACCUUUAAGAUCCUUAGGACCAAUAAAGUGCAUCAGAAAAUUUGGACUUCCAGUCAUCCCACCCACCGUUCCCUUUCAGAGAGGCCUGGCACCUUUAAAUCUUAAGCAUCGUAUUUCACCAGUAGAAGGCACAAACCCUUCAAACACCAAUGGAGUUUCUUCUAACUUUCCAAAUGCCUUUCCUCCUGGACCAGCUGCAGAACUAAGCAAGAAGGACACAAAGAAAGAGACUGAUGAAGACACUGAUAACCUGCCACCACCACCACCUGAAAUGUUGAUGGACACUUCUUUUGACUUAAGUGAGCCUGAAGAAACUGCAAGAAUAGAAGGGAACUCUUCAGAAGAUGCCAAAAAGCCCACCAAAACAGAAUUUUAUGCUACUAAGAAAUCACAAGUUUCCCCAAAAAUGAAAGCCUCCCUUCAGUCCAUUGACCUACUGCCAAGUAAAAAUAUCAGUGGCCCCAGCGUGAUCACUAAUAAAGGUAUAAGGAAUACCGGAGCAGGGGACGAGAAACUGCAGAGGUACUCUCUGGAGCUGAACCCUACCAGCGUGCACAUCCCUAGCCAGGAGGAGAUAUUGGCAACCCAGAGAAAAGAGGCUGCGGAUUUGUACAAGCAAACCCAUAAAAUUAUUCCUCUUCAAAAUCCCAGUGGAGUUUCAAAACCACACAGCAACAGCUCAGAGAGCAAAGAGCCCAAUUCACAAGCGACUUCAGUGCAAUACCAGAAGCACGGUUCUCCUGAUUCGCUCAGGAGAAAUGAAAAAGGAUCAUCCUUUGCCAGGAGGGUCUCCCCAACGAGAACUCCUCCUUCUUCUCCACCAACUGAGAAACGGCUUUUCAGCCCCCCAGCACACCACAGACGCUCUCUGAAGGCUUUUAGCAACCCACAGACAAGCUCACCCACCAUGCAGAGGAAACCCAGUCCUCCCUCUAGCCCCCGCGUUCCCAGCCCACCCUUGCAGAAGAAGCUGCCCUCUCCACCACCCCAGCGAAAACCACUCAGCCCUCCCGCGGGGCGCAAGCAAAGCUCGCCAACGCCACACCAGCUGCUGGGCUCCCCAGCCUACCGCCGAGACGCAAGCCCCCCUCCAUUCCCCAUCACCCCCUCCCCACCAACCUCCCCAUCCCGCUCUUACAAGGGGCUGAGAGCUGGGCCGGAUGCUGGGGACGAGCACCAGCUGUCAUCCUCCAAGAGGGGCAGCAACGCCCGUUCAAUAUUUUGCCCAGCCACCUCUUCCUUAUUUGAAGCCAAACCUCCUCUGGUACCCACCAAACCCACUGUGGAGAUGACCAGCCAGCCUGAAGCUUCAUCGCUUUCCCAAAAGAGUAGUCUGCUUUUCCGGCAGCCUGGAGAUCGGAUCAGAAAGCUGUCCCUGAGUGCCACCAGUCCUCAGCCAUUCGUGAAGAGAAGUUUCUCUGACCGCCGACCAGGGGCCCAGUUUCGUCUUCCAGUUCCCGUAACAUCUGGCAGCGAACCCAUGCUUAACCAAGCAAGCUUGGAGGAGAGCCCUAGAAAAGCAGGCGACUCUUGGAACAGCCUCUGUGGUCCUGAAAUCAAGGAGUCCAACAGAUCCACGUCCCAGCCCGAGCUCUCCAUUGUGGGCCAGGGUCUGCAGAGGGACUGACAGCAGAAGCAUCUGCGAAGACAAAAGCACGAGCAAGGCCAGAGGCCCUGAGGGAGGAAGCAGCCUUACCCAAGCCCCCAAAACAUGGCUCCAUUUUUUUUCCUCGCAAGAAAACAAUAUGAUGGCUUUGCAUCUAAAAACGCAAACUGGCCCCAACAAUCCAAUGAAAUAUCAGCAGAGUGGUAGCCAGCUCCUUCUCCUGUGGAUUGCAUUUCACAGCUUAACUCAAAGAUCUACACUGAGCAAAAGAAACACUUUGCAGCUGGGCUAGUUUGAGGCAAAUUGGUUUGAUAAAGACAGGACCUGUAGCCAAGUCCUUUGUUUCACUGUUUAGAUAAAGGAGUUCAAAAACUAUCAGAAAUUAUCAUUAUUCAACACGUUAUUUAUUCAGAAGGUAUCACAGUUUCAGUUUUGUCAAAUAGGGCUGUUGUGACAUUUCCAGAGGGAAGGUAAAAUCCUGAAUCAUUUUUUUAUUGAAAAAACAUCAAUAGCUUCAGCAAAGUCACAUCUUUACACUAGGUAUCUAUCAGCAUUCAGAGAAAGAAUAAGGUCAAAUACAAGUCAAAAAAAAACCCUUUUAAAAGAAUAAAAUUAGGGAUCUUAUUCCCUCAAAAAGUCUUUGAUCUUCUAAAUCACCUUUGAUUAUCACAUAAUCUCAUCACCUCUAGUUUCCACAGAACAAGGCUUAAUCCUGAUUAGAGUAGUUUUUAAUAGCCCAGUCAAACAACAUUAUAAAUCCUGAGGCACCUAAGGACAAGUAUCUUUUUUUCGUAAAAGAAGAGAACGCUACCAUGGAGAAUCCUGUUCUCCCUGGAACAGGUUAAUAGUCUUUCUGAUUUAUGCAGUUUGAGGAGAUUUACUGUAAUUUCAUUGAAGAGUCUAGACAGAUUCUUGUUAAUAAAAACACAAGUUAUUUACAGUCGAUUAAUCCUAGGCUUUUACAGCACCCAUUGGAAUACAGGUUCAGAAUUUACUGGAUCUUGCUCACCUAACUAAUUUAUCAUCACAAUUAAGAUGCAACUUUUAAUUAAUGCAAUGUUAAUUAAUCUAAUUUGACAUGUUUUCAUAUGCAACUUUAGUACAGGACAAGAUCCAGAAAAAAAGCCAUUUGCAGUCCUAUUUUGAUAGGAAUAGUUUAAAAUUUUUCUACAGUUUUAUGAUGGUGGUAUCUGGGCACGUCAUCUUCACACAGGACUUUUAACCCUUCCUGCCCUCCUUCCCAGGGAGCCUCAGGGAACUGAGGCUUGUCUUAUGCUGCACAAAUGACCCCUUUGGAUACUGAACUCCCCGCGUUUUAGUCUAGUGCCUUAAUCACAACCAUCCUUCAAUAAGUUCAGUGCCAUUUUAUGCCACAGACACAAGGAAACCUUAAUUGCAAUGUUUAAGGUAGGUGUUUGAAUAUAAAAAGGAACUUGCAGUGAACAGAUGGAUUGCCAGGGGUUUGUGAGCUAGAUAGAGGUGACAAAGCAGCCAUGCCCAUAGCGAACAGCCAGGAGAUGUCAACAGAUCCACUUUGUAAUAACACAGGCAGAUGCACCAGUCCCUAUUAAUCAAUUGGAAAAAUCACCAGGGACAUACUGCAAAGAUCAUCAGCAGGAUAAACUCAGCAGGUCAGUCUUCCCCCUUGUCAGAAGUGUCGUUCUCUCCCAAAUGCAUAAAAAUACAUUUUUGCAUGCAUUUUGGGUUUGUCUGUUCUGUUGGCAGUAGCCAUCUAGAAUAGAAACAAACCAGAAACAUGACAGCAGAAAACCAGCAUUUUGCAUGCCUAAAUGUAGUUUUGAAGAUGAGAAUGUAACAGAGUGGGAGGACAGCUUCUGCUCAGCUACUACAAUCAUUUUAUCUCUUUAUGGUUUCAUGCUGAAAUUUCCCAGCAUCCAUGAUGGGUGAUAAGUGAAAGUAUUUAUUUAUAUCCCCCAAGCAACAAAUUCUGUGGUGCAAGAGCUACAGCAGCACAUGGAGCAACACAUCACCUCAGCAAUCAAGCUGGAAACUUCCUCAUACACAUGCUAGCUGGACAUGGAUUCAGCCAAAGCAUCUUUCCUCAAAAACCAGGCUCCCCUGAAGAUGUGGUACAUGAGCUGGCAUCCUAUUGCAGCAUCUUUCCCAGCUUUGUCUAAGGCUGUGGUCAUCAGGAAGCUCAUUGCAAACACAACCCCACCUAAACACUGCCGCUGCUGGAGGGUGCUGCAGCAAACUAACCAUCAUAUCCAAGAAACAGCUUCUCCAGAAGUGAUCUGCACGUUUGUAAUAUGAACUCAUGACGCUGUAUAGCUAACAGAUUCUCUUCUGUACAGUUAAU